GGGUCAAAAAGCAGCAGAGGAUCGCAGGGAGACAUCUCCAGCAAGAAGAGUAAAGGGAAUUUUACUGAAAAAAAAAAACUGGCUGGUUUUCUAAUGAUUCCUUUGGAAGAAUGAGAGAAGUUGCAGCAGGCGCUCUGUCGGCCAACAUGUCUUUAGAAGAGAGCCCUGCGAGGGGCCCGGCUGAAGUGGAGACGGAUUGCUCAGAGGGACUGGACGAGGGGGUCCUGGAGCACAUUGCCAGCUUACCCCUGGAUCCAUUCCCCCCCAGGGACUUCAGAGGGAAGUUUAAAAAGAUGCGGCAAAGGAAGAGGCCCACUAUUCUUGAAACCGCACCGGUGGGGAACGGAUACAGCAAACCCCCCAUCCCUCCAGUCUGCAGUCCUCAGGGAGAGAAGGGCCCCCCAGCCAUGACGCCCAUCAGCAUCGACCCCGAGAGCAAACCGGGGGAAUAUGUCCUGAAGAGCCUGUUUGCCAAUUUCACCACCAUGUCUGAGCGCAAGAUCCGCAUCAUCAUGGCUGAACCCCUGGAGAAGCCUUUGACCAAGUCUCUUCAGAAGGGAGAAGAUCCUCAGUUUGACCAACUGAUAAGCGCCAUGAGUUCCUUGGCUGAGUACUGUCUGCCCUCCAUCCUGCGCACUUUGUUCGACUGGUACAAGAGGCAAAACGGCCUGGAGGAGGAGUAUCACGAGUAUCGGCCCAGAGCCAACACCAAGUCCAAAAAUGAUGAACAGCAAAAGGAUUAUUUGCUUGAAAGGAGGGAUUUGGCCAUCGACUUCAUCUUCUCUCUUGUUCUUAUAGAAGUCUUGAAACAGAUGCCGCUUUAUCCUGCACUUGACAGUUUAGUCAAUGAAGUUGUUAUCAUUGCCUUUAAGCACUUUAGAUACAAAGAAGGAUACCAUGGUCCGAACACUGGCAACAUGCACACUGUAGCUGACCUCUAUGCUGAAGUCAUCGGAGUGCUGGCUCAGUCCAAAUUUCCUGCUGUGAAGAAGAAGUUUACAACUGAGCUGAAGGAGCUGCGGCAAAAAGAGCAGAGUCCAUAUGUGGUCCAGAGUACCAUCAGUCUCAUCAUGGGGGUCAAGUUCUUCCGUAUUAAGAUGUAUCCUGUUGAGGAUUUCGAGGCAUCCUUCCAGUUCAUGCAGGAAUGUGCCCAAUAUUUCCUGGACGUGAAGGACAAGGACAUCAAACAUGCGCUGGCUGGUCUUUUUGUCGAGAUUCUGGUCCCGGUCGCUGCAGCCGUGAAGAACGAGGUGAACGUUCCCUGUCUGAGGAACUUUGUGGACAGCUUGUAUGACACAACCCUGGACUUGUCCUCCAGAAAGAAGCACUCUCUGGCAUUCUACCCACUGGUUACGUGUUUGCUGUGCGUCAGCCAGAAGCAGUUCUUUCUCAACAGAUGGCACAUCUUCCUCAACAACUGCCUGUCCAAUCUGAAGAGCCGAGACCCCAAAAUGGCCCGUGUCGCCCUGGAGUCUCUGUAUCGCCUGCUGUGGGUGUACAUGAUCAGAAUCAAGUGUGAGAGCAACACUGCAACUCAGGGACGCCUCAGCACCAUUGUUGUCACUCUCUUCCCAAAAGGAUCCCGAAGUGUGGUUCCACGAGACAUGCCUCUUAAUAUCUUUGUCAAAAUUAUCCAGUUCAUUGCACAGGAACGGCUGGAGUUUGCCAUGAGAGAAAUCAUUUUUGAUCUUCUUUGUGUUGGAAAACCAGCGAAAGCCUUUAGUCUUAAUCCAGAGAGAAUGAAUAUCGGUCUGCGAGCGUUCCUUGUUAUCGCCGACAAGCUGCAGCAGAAAGAUGGCGAGCCCCCGAUGCCCAACACUGGCUGCACUUUGCCCUCCGGCCACACGCUCCGAGUGAAGAAGACAUAUCUAAGCAAAACACUCACGGAUGAAGAGGCUAAAGUCAUUGGAAUGUCCCAGUACUAUUAUCAUGUGCGGAAGGCGCUUGACAACAUCCUGCGACACCUAGACAAGGAAGUGGGGCGCUGCAUGAUGAUGACAAGCGCUCAGAUGUUGAACAAGGAGCCAGAGGACAUGAUCACCGGCGAGAGGAAGCCGAAGAUCGACUUGUUCAGGACGUGUGUCGCCGCCAUUCCACGCAUCCUACCGGAUGGGAUGUCCAAGUCUGAACUCAUCGAUCUGCUCUCCAGAUUAACAACUCACAUGGACGACGAACUGCGUCUCAUCGCCCAGAAUUCCCUGCAAAGUCUUCUGGUGGACUUCCCCGACUGGCGCGAUGAUGUCCUGUUUGGAUUCACAAACUUCCUGCUGCGUGAUGUGCAAGACACCCACCAGACCCUGCUGGACACAUCACUCCGGCUGUUGCUUCAACUGCUCACACAGUGGAAGCUCACUGUUGCUGCGCCAGCGAAGAGCUAUGACACGCCGACGGUACACACAGCAGAGCUGAUGCUGAACACCAAUGUGAAAAUUCCUUCAGAGCGUGGGCCUCACUCCAAUGUGCUCCAUGCUGUGGAAGGUUUGGCACUGGUGCUGCUGUGCUCUUGUCAGCUCAGCACACGCAAACUUGCCGUCUCCAUUCUUAAAGAGACCCGCAGUCUGUUUAUUACCAUAGGACAACCUGAGGAUGACGAUAGACCAAUGAUUGAGAUCAUGGACCAGCUCAGCCCCAUCAUUCUUGACAGUUUAUUCCACGUCGCCGUCUCUGACACAGCAACCACACCAGUCGGUCAUCAUGUGGACCUUCAGUGGCUGGUGGAGUGGAACGCCUUGCUCAUGAACAAUCAGCACGACAUCAGGAGCCCGUCGCACGUGUGGAUCUUUGCCCAGUCCGUCAAAGACCCGUGGGUCCUCUGCAUAUACAGCUUCCUUCGACAGGACAACCUCCCCAAGCACUGCCCCACGGCCCUCAGCUACGCCUGGCCCUACGCCUUCACCAGACUGCAGGCACUCAUGCCUGUCGUGGACCCAAACAGUCCCAUCAAUGCAAAGAAGACCAACACCUCGGGCAGUGGAGACACUUAUGUCAUCCUGUGGAGAAACUACCUAAUCCUUUGCUUCGCGGUGGCCAAGCCUAGCAUCAUGAGCCCUGGCCAUCUGAGAGCCUCCACGCCUGAGAUCACGUCUUCCACACCUGACGGCGGUGCCAGCUGCGAUAACAAGGUUGUCGGGAGCCCGUCUGUGGCCUGGAUCUUGAAGCAGCUGGUUCCGUUGAUGAGGGCUGAAAGCAUUGAGUUGACAGAAUCGCUAGUUUUGGGCUUCGGUCGCACCAAUGUGCUUGUGUUCAGGGAACUUGUGGAGGAAAUACAUCCACUCAUGAAAGAGGCGCUGGAACGCAGACCUGAGAACAAGAAACGCCGGGAGCGCAGAGACCUCCUGAGACUGCAGCUGCUUCGGAUAUUUGAGCUGCUGGCCGACGCCGGCGUCAUCAGUGACAGCACAAACGGAGCUCUGGAACGUGACACUCUGGCCCUGGGUGCGCUGUUCCUGGAGUACGUGGAUCAAACCCGGAUGCUUUUAGAAUCCGAGAAUGACAAAGAUGCAGAGAUCCUCAAGGACAUCCGAGCUCACUUCAGCGCCAUGGUGGCCAACUUCAUCCAGUGUGUGCCAGUGCACCACCGACGCUUCCUGUUUCCACAGCACAGUCUCCGGCAUCAUCUCUUCAUCCUCUUCAGCCAGUGGGCGGGGCCUUUCAGCAUCAUGUUCACCCCCCUGGACCGCUACAGUGACCGGAACCACCAGAUAACAAGAUACCAGUAUAGUGCCUUGAAAGCCAUGUCUGCUGUGCUGUGCUGCGGACCUGUGUUUGAUAAUGUCGGCCUGUCUCCGGAUGGGUAUCUCUAUAAGUGGCUGGAUAACAUUCUGGCCUGCCAGGAUCAGCGGGUCCACCAGCUUGGCUGUGAAGUGGUCAUUCUGCUCCUGGAGCUCAACGCUGACCAGGUCAACCUUUUCAACUGGGCCGUUGACCGCUGCUACACUGGCUCCAGCCAGCUCGCCUCGGGCUGCUUCAAAGCCAUCGCUACUGUCUGUGCUAACAGAAACUACCCAUGUGACAUUGUGACGCUACUGAAUUUGGUGCUUUUUAAAGCAUCGGACACCAACAGGGACAUAUACGAGAUUUCAAUGCAGCUCAUGCAGAUCCUUGAAGCUAAGUUGCGCGUGUACUCCAAGAAGGUUGCGGAACAAAAGCCAAGCAGCAUUCUGUUCGGCACCCACGGGCCUCUGCCUCCUCUAUACAGCGUGUCACUGUCGCAGCUGUCGAGUCAGCUGGCCAGGAUGUAUCCAGAGCUGACGCUUCCUCUCUUCUCAGAGGUCAGCCAGCGGUUCCCGAACACCCAUCCCAACGGGAGGCAGAUCAUGCUCACCUACCUCCUUCCCUGGCUUGAUAACAUCGAGCUGGUCCACAGUGGCUUGCUGCUCCCCGUCUUCCCAUCAAGCUACGGCGCCUCCCGGCAGCUGAUCCACACCGACUUGUUGCACUCGCUCAAGGGUGCUGGCUGGGGGUCACUCCAGGCCACAUCCAUGGUUCUGAACAACCUCAUGUUCAUGACGGCCAAGUAUGGCGACGAUUUACCCGGACAGGAGAUGGAAAACGCCUGGAACGCUUUAGCCAGCAAUGAGAAAUGGACGGACAACCUGAGAACGACGCUGCAGUUUCUGAUCAGCCUGUGUGGAGUCAGCAGUGACACCGCCCUCCUGCCAUACAUCAAGAAAGUGGUGAUCUACCUGUGUCGCAACAACACCAUGCGCACCAUGGAGGAGUUACUAUUUGAGUUGCAGCAAACUGAUCCUGUCAAUCCUGUGGUGCAGCACAGCGAGAAUCCACCCUUCUAUCGCUUCACUGCCACAAGCAAGACUCCUAACGUGGCAUCAGGCACAACAUCCAGCAGCAACACUGUCGUUCCUGCUCCGGAAAGCGUUGCCGAUAGUAGUGACACAAAAGCAGCCAAAGAGAACGAGGACAGGCUGAGUCACAUCAUGACUCGGGCGCACAACCGUCUGGAGUCACGCUACAGCAACAGUUCCGGAGGAUCUUACGACGAAGAAAAAGGUGAACCCUUGCCUCCGUAUGCCGACUGGCUGAUGGUAGUGAGUGAAACCAAUCAGCCUCAUCCACUGCCCAUGCCCCUCAACGGCGGCUGCUGGGCCCCUCUGGUGGACUUCUUGCCCGAAACCCUCACACCCAGAGGGCCACUGCACAGGUGUAACAUCGCAGUCAUUUUGAUGACAGAAAUGGUUGUGGACCACAGCGUCCGAGAGGACUGGGCUAUUCACCUGCCCUUGCUGCUUCAUGCGCUGUUCUUAGGAAUGGAUCAUUACCGUCCCGAAGUCUUUGAGCACAGCAAGCGUCUCCUCCUGCACCUGCUCAUCACGCUGUCCUGCAACAACAACUACCAGGCCAUCGCCUCUGUCCUGCUCCAGACACGAGAGAUCAACUCAGCCAAGACGCUCACCUGCACGCAGAGUCUUCUGACCGACUUCUCACCCGGAGGAGGUUUUGAUUUUCUAAGGGAGUGCCAGGCAUCUCCUGUGCCAGAUUCAGGUCUCAGCUCUUCUUCCACGUCGUCCAGUCUCAGCCUGGGUGGGAGCAGCGGCAACCUGCCGGAUAUCUCGCAGAAGAUGGAGGAGCUGGAGUCCUCCACCGACAUGGAUGACAAGACCAACAAACUCAUAGAGUUCUUAACCACCAGGACAUAUGGACCUCUUUGGUGCCACGAAGACAUUUCACCAAAGAAUCAACACUCGAAAAGCACGGGCCAGUUGACCAACUUCCUGCGGCACGUCAUAUCCGUGUUCAAGGAAACAAAAUCAGACGUCCACUUGGAGCAGCAGCUCAGUGACGUGGCGCUGCAGACGGGGUUGUGCAGCUCAUCGCGUCACUACGCUGGAAGGUCUUUCCAGGUGUUCCGAGCGCUUCGCCAGCCCAUCUCUGCCCACGCCGUGUCAGAUCUGCUGUCCAGGCUGGUGGAGGUUGUCGGAGAACAUGGAGAGGAAGUACAGGGAUAUGUCAUGGAAGUGUUGCUUACCUUGGAAUCUGUGGUCGACAAUUUGGCAGACUGCCUUCAAAACCAGGACCUCAUGGCCAUCUUGACAAGAGCUUCAUCUCCAGAGUUCCUGUCGAGUUUGAAGCUGAUGUCGAACAGAAAAAGCACUGGGCAGAUUAACCUCAGAAGACAAGAGCGGACGAGACAUCACAGAAGCUCCUCUGUUCCCAAGAAGUUUGGCGAGGCUGACAGGUUGUCGGAUCCACCUCGUAGCGCAACGCUGGACCGUAUCCAAGCCUGCGAGCAGCAGCUCCUGUCAUCCAAAACUCGCAGCCCGUCCUCAUCAAAAGAAAACAUCGCUGACCCGAACAGCGUCAACCAUCCCAGCAACCUCCUGGCCACCAUCUUCUGGGUGGCCGUGUCGCUGAUGGAGUCAGACUUUGAGUUUGAAUAUCAAAUGUCCUUGAGACUUUUGAAUAAACUUCUGGGCCACGUGUCGCUGGAUAAGCAGGAGAACAGGGAGAAGCUGGAGAAGCUGCAGGGUCAGCUCAACUGGAGUAGCUUCAGCGGACUGCAGCAGCUGCUGCUGAAGGGCUUCACCUCCCUGUCCACCACCGACCUCACGCUUCAGCUCUUCUGGCAGCUCACCCCGGUGUCACGGGUUCCUGUUGUGGACACCUCGCAAGCCAUAGGUUUCCCCUUGAACGUCCUCUGCCUGCUCCCACAUCUGGUGCAGAACUUCGACAGCCCCUCUCCCUUCUGUCAAGAUGUGGCAGAAAGGAUCUCUCAGGUGUGCCUUGAGGAGAACAACGACAAGCUCUCCAACCUGGCUCAUGUCAUGACUCUCUAUAAAACCCACACCUACACCAGGAACUGCUUCUCCUGGGUCGACGUCGUGUGUCGAUACCUUCAUGAAGCUUUCCCAGACAUCACACUCAGCCUGGUCACUUACAUGGCAGAGCUUCUGGAGAAAGGCUUGCCAUCGAUGCAGCAGACUCUUUUACAAAUCAUCUACAGUCUCUUGAGUCACAUGGACCUCAGCGGAAUAGAGGCCAAACCCUUUAACAUGGAGGUGCUGAAGACGAUUGAGAAAUUUGUUCAGACCGUCCACUGGAGAGAAGCACUCAACAUCCUCAAGUCGGUGGUGUCACGAUCCGCCAGUCUGGUGCAACCGUCGUGUCCUCAGAGCGACCUCUCGUACGAAGACGUCAGCCGUAUCUGGGACCGCUCAUCCAAGGCCCUGCCGGGGAAAACUCUUGACUUUCAUUUUGACAUAUCCGAGACGCCAGUAAUUGGUCGCCGCUUCGAUGACCUGCGGGGCUCCCCGGGCCAAGAUGGGAAGAGUAGGACCACCAUCGUGACACGCAGCAGCUCCUCCACCUCAUCUGGGUCGACGUCCAACAAUGUCCUGGUGCCAGUCAGCUGGAAGAGGCCACAGUCUUCUCAGAAAAGAACACGGGAGAAGCUGGUGAACGUUCUGUCUUUAUGCGGACAAGAAGUGGGCCUCACUAAAAACCCUUCAGUGAUAUUUUCAAGCUGUGGCGAGCUGGACCUCAUGGAGCAUCAGCCGAGCUUGGUGUCCUCCGACGACGGGACGAGGGAAGCAGACAACAUGGACGACAACACCUCAGAACAGCAGUUUAGGGUCUUCAGAGACUUUGACUUCCUGGACGUGGAGCUUGAGGAUGGAGAGGGAGAGACUGUGGACAACUUUAACUGGGGAGUGAGAAGGCGCUCCAUGGACAGCCUGGAUCGGAGCGACCUGCAGAUCCUGGAGGAGAGCCAUCUGUCCAGCAGCAUGCCCAGCCUGAGCCACAUCGCUCACGAGGACUCAGACGAGUCGUCCGAGGAGGACUCACUCACUGCGAGUCAAAUCCUCUCCCAUUCACAACUGACCAUCAACCUCUCCUCAUCUGCCGAAGUCACUAGCAUGGACUCCUCUGGAUUUUGUAACACUACUUCAGCCGAUUCCACUCCGCUGAACAGCAAAAAUCCCAGUUUCGAGGUCCAACUGCCAGAGGACUCGAAGCAGCGGCAUGAUUUCCCCCAAACAUCCGAGGACACAAGUGUCUGCGAGGACAACCUUGUUAUCACCGAACCACCUGCUGACUUUACCCCUGACACGGCUCUCAGGGAAACUCCUCUGGACAGCUGCUUACCGAGUCUCCCUGAAGACGAGAGAGAAGACAUGAUAGAGAUCAGAUCGUCCCCACCACCUUCGCCUUUCUUCUCCGCCAUCCUCGCUGCCUUCCAGCCGACGGUGUGUGACGACGCUGAGGAAGCCUGGAGGUGCCACAUCAAUCAGCUGGUGUCGGACACCGACGGAUCCUGCGCUGUCUACACCUUCCACGUGUUCUCGUCUCUGUUCCAGAGCAUCCAGACCAAGUUUUGCUCCCUGACAUGCGACGCCGUCAGUUACCUCGGCGACAGUCUGAGAGGACUGGGAUCAAAGUUCCUGAGGUCGUCCCAGAUGCUGACCUCCUGCUCCGAGUGUCCGACUCUCUUUAUUGAUGCUGAUACAAUUAUGACAUAUGGACUCCUGGAAAAAAUGAAAUUCAGCGUGUUGGAACUUCAGGAGUAUCUCGAUACAUACAACAAUAGAAAAGAGGCAGCGAUCGGCUGGCUCAGCAGCUGUCAGGCCACUUUCACCAAGAGUCCUGAAAGCAGCGUGACAUCAUCCCAGCCAGAGCAGGAGGAGAAGCAAAUGGAAUUUCUGGCUCAACUGGAGCUCUGUCAGAAGCUGUACAAACUCCAUUUCCAGCUGCUGCUGCUGUUUCAGUCCUACUGUAAGCUGAUAGAGCAGGUCCAUGCCAUCAGCUGUGUACCAGAGCUGACCAAUAUGUCCAGAGAGCUCAAUGAUCUGAAGAGCAACUUGAGAUUAGCGGCCGCGGCAUCAAUGAGACGGGAUCCAGCUGACCACGAAGGCUUCUGCUCUGAUGCCAGCUUCUCCUCAUCUGAGGUGGCUGUUCAGGCCAUUCUUGAGGGUCUGAAGAACAAUGAGUUCACCGCAGCUAUUCAACACAUCCGCGAGUGCAGAACAACAUGGCCAAAUGACAUCUUUGGAAGCCCCUCCGAAGAUGAGGUCCAGACGCUGCUCAACAUCUUCUUCCGUCACCAAACCCUGGGCCAGACGGGGACCUUCGCGCUGGUGGGCCCCAAACAGGACCUGACUGAGAUCUCCGUGAAGCUGAUGGAACUGAACGGAGAGAUCCGAGACAUGAUCCGCGGGGCUCGGGGCUACAGAGCCAUCACUGCUUUCCUCCCAGACUCCCAGGUUUCAGGCUCCACUCUAUGACCUGGACUCUCCGCUGCUAACAUCUCCGCGAGUUACACGAAAAUUCAUUUCCUUGAAGAUGAUUCAAUGGUGAAAGUAGUUGCCCUACGUCACAACCUCAUUGCACUAUCAAGCGACAACAUGCUAUAAAGGUCAUCACCUUUCACGUUUCACAAAUGACAUACCAAAGCAAAGCAAUUUCAUUAUUUGUUCCAGGGGAAAUGUGCAAUUCUUGACAUGAAUUAAAAAGACUUACUGUAUCCUGAAAGAAUGUAUUUUAACAUUAUGACAUAAAACAGAAGGGAGGAUUGUUCUUUGUGUGUGUGUGUUUGUGUGUGUGUGUGUGUGUGUGUGUGUGAUCUCAACAUGACCACCAUCACAGAUGGGGAUUCAACAACAGAUCUACAAAAUGAGUCACUGUUUUGUGAUGCUGCGAUGCUACUGUAAUGACUCCCGAACCUUCUUGCAAUGAAUUGUGGGAUGUCAUUUGCUCCCCAGAGCAGACUGUAUCGGUGCAGCUUCCAGCCAAGAGACAUUUAUUUAAACGGCGUCCUGAAACAUACACGGAUUUUACUGAUAUUUUUUUGCUUAAUAAGCCAGUGCGAAUUAUGUUUCAAGAACUGUAAGGUUAAUGUUUAUGAACAAAGAGAAUAUUUUUGAGUGAGUUAUUGUACAUAGUGCAGCUGAGACUCACCAGACUGUAUUUUUGUGGAAGAGUAUAAAGGUUUAUGGAAUUUUAAAAAAAGCUUGCAAAACUGUUGUUAAGGCCUCGUUGUAAAUGCUUUUGCCUUUGGAAUGUAUUGUUGUUAUGUACACUCGUGUAAAAGAAAAUAAUAAAACUUACA